AUGUGUAGAAGAACUUUAGAAAAAACAAUCAGCGCCACUCCGCGUCCGGCGGCCGCGGCGGCAAGUCGGAGGCGCCGGGGAGCAGCGGUGGCGGCAGCCGCCUCCGCCGACAUAACCUCAACGCGGCCUGCGCCCUUCGCCCUGGCCACGUCUGCGCUCUCCGCUGCCUCCAAAGGCCUUCCGCUACGAUACACUGCAGGAGCGCGUCCAUAUGUGAGCGGCUGCUAUGGCGCCGGGCGCCGCGACGCCGCCUCCCGCGGCGGGAGACGCCAUUCGCCGAGCGCCGCGGCGCCCCACCCGCACUGCCGCCAUGUUGUGCUGUGGCGACACGAGCCGAGCCCACGUGCGUGCAGCCUCAGUGACGGCAUCAUGGAGUCUGGCGCCGAUCUCGACAGUCAGCUGAUCGCACGAGACGUCACGCUCAGGGAAAACACGAGUUUUGAAGUCCCUCUGACCUCACACGUAACACCUGUCACCCUGCUGCCUCAACCCACACAGUUUUUUGUCGGUUGGAAGUUAAACAGCGCACCGAUGGAAAAGAAAGCUGCAAUAUAAUCUCGUACCCUGAAUCAUCGCAGCUACACAAUAUCCACACAGGCAAUAUAAAUAACUGGAGUGUUUUUGCUGUACUGGUUAACUGAGGGGUUGAAAAAAGGAAAGAUGUCGUAAUACACCGUCCCUUCGUUCUUUCUUUCUUUUCUUUUUUUUACCUGUGGAUCUUACAGCCAUUGCCUGGCUUUUUAAGAUUUAUUACGAUUUUACACGGCAUUGUUACAUUUAUUUAAAACUUGUUAUAUGAAGAGUGAAAAUGGAAAAUGUUCUGAGUGCCAAAUCUCACAUUUGUCAGGAAAAUAAAAAACAGAAUUUCUCAAUUUAUACAUAACUGAUUUCCAUCCAAAAAUCGAGAAUGUAUUCUGAUAGCACAGAAUAGUGCUACUCACGGCACCACCGCAAAAAAUAGUGAGACAAAUUGGAAAAUAAAUACUUUAUUAAGAACAUUCUACGUGUACCAACAGGAAACUGCCUUUUCUAAUUACCAAGAAGAAAGUUUUUACAAGUUGACAUUUUGGAGACAGUGGCUGUGUACGAAACACACGUUGAUCCUUACAAAGAAGAAAACAGCAACCAGUCACUGUUAACAGUGCUGUUUACAAACUGACUUUUCGCUUCUGUCUCGGGUACUUCGGCCGACGUUCGUCUGAUGAUUUUUCUGACGUUUCGCGAGCACGAGUGACUGUAAUUGUCAAAGUUUAGCCCUCCACUGCUGGUGGUGGACUGUUUAAUCACACAAAUUUCGCCGUCACCGGUUUCGAACCGACAGAUUCGUCUUCAGACGACUGUUCACGUUUAUGUUUGUUGCUUUUUACAUUACUUGUUAGCUGUUUUUUUUCCAACAACUAACGUAAACAACAUAACAAAUGUUACAUAUAUGGCCGGCAGGAGUGGCCGUGCGGUUCUGGGCGCUACAGUCUGGAACCGAGCGACCGCUACGGUUGCAGGUUCGAAUCCUGCCUCGGGCAUUGAUGUGUGUGAUGUCUUUAGGUCGCAUAGUGCUCAGAAUCAUUUGCGCCAUUUUGUUACAUGUAUGAACCCGUUGGUUCGAAACCAGUAAUGGCGCUAUUAGUGUAAAUAAAGUUGCUACCUCCUAUUUUCUUCUUUGCAAGAAUCAACGUGUAUUAGAGCUCACGCCGUCUACCAACGCAUGUGUGAAAGACUUUCUCCAUGGUUUGACACCUGGACCAAGUCUAGGGACAUUCAACAGAGUACCGAAAACACAAUAGCACGUAAAAUGCGUUUUAUACGAAAAUGGCGCUUCGCACCUUUUCCAUUUUCACUUUUCAUGCCUUUAUGAUGAAAGAAGUUUGUCAAAUUAGUGAGAAAUGUUUUAUUUCAUCUGGUUAAUUAUUGCAAUAAUUCCGUUUGCUGGUUUACAUACAGCCGGCAUGCUAAGAGAAUGUGAUUCUGUAUCUCUUAUUAUAACUCUACAACCGUAACAGAAAUUAAUGUUUCACACUUCUAUUCGAUGGUUAUGACUGAAGAAUGAUUAAUGAUUGAAUCUCACACGAAUUAAGGAACAUACUAUUUUUAUUCGCUUAACUGUAAGGAAUCGGGGCUUCCAAGGAAUGUUCGGUGGCUGUCGUUGGUAAUAUUUCGCUGAGCACUACUGCGAUCUAUAGGGGUUUCGUGAUCGAUGGAACACGUAUGUCCCACUAAAGUAAUACGCAGUUUUGAGCGUUGGGACCUCUACAUAUCAUAUCCGUCUACUAUUGCGAUAUAGCGCGGUGCUUUCGGAACUUAGAGAAAAAUACUACGGACCACGGGAUGGAUACGUAGAAGGCUGUGAGCGAUCAAACGAAGCGGCACAGUGCGUCUGUUUCGCGCAAAUCACACCAAAUCACCUUCUUCUCCAUUCAAAGAAUAUCUAAAGUACCUAUCUGUAUUUUUUAUAUUUCAGAGACAUUGUUUCCAAACAUUACAGCACAUCUGAGUAAUUCGGCUGAUUUGUACAUAACUUGUAUGUAGUGGGACGUAUAUGCCCCAGAAAACUUCAUAAAAUGUGGAAAACAUUGGUGUGUGGUAUGUCAAAGCCAUCUUCAAAUGUUAUGUUGUCAACUUGUCUUCGAUAUUUCGUGUUUUCCAUUGUCAUCCGAAUAAAUGUGUCUUUGUACUGA